UGCGGAGUAUUCUGUUUUACAUACCAGUAACCAGGUUGUCAGCUCAUAUUAAAGGUCCUGUCCCGGAUUUCCCAGUUGUCGUCCAUAACCUCUUGACCCAAACAAGUUAAGUUCCCAGACAAGUCUGUCUCUUCACCUUUCAGUAUCACAUCACCUCCCGGCCAUAUCUUAAUCCAUCAUGCAGCUCAUCAACUUCCUUCCCGCCGUGCUCCUCACAGCCGCCUCCGUCUCGGCCUCGCCGAUUCAGCACAGUCCCCGGCAGGAUCAAGCCGGCUGCAGCGAGACCUCGUUCCAGUCGUUCGCCUGGCUGGCUCGCCAGUUUGACUUUCACGCCUCCUACAUCUUCACCACCCCGGCGCACCAGAACUCAUGGGGCUACGUCUCAUUCGACCUGUUCAACCCGGCCGACCAGAGCGCGACACACUGCCAGGCCGCGAGCAACCAGCUGAGCGACUUCUUCUAUGGCACCAUGCAGUACGAGUGCGAUGACGAGGCCGCGGGGCGGAUCGGCAGCACGAGCUUCGAUUUCGCCCGGCCGACGAACCAGCUGAGAGUCAACCAGACGUGGACAUGCUACGACAAUGAGCCCGAGUACCCUGUCACUUUCACUGGCCGUGGCGAGUUUAAUUUCACGCUUGCCUGCACCGAGACAACAUACCAGAACCCCAACUGGACCUUGGGCCAGAUUUAUUCCAGCCGCGACAUCAGGUGCGCCAUCGUCGAUGAGACCAAGAUUGUACCCUUUGAGAUGACGGCUAUUGCGUGAGCUACGGGGACCUACGACUGUAUGCACCUUGAGUGGAAUGCCUUAUGAUGAUGGAUCCGGAUCUGGUAGGCUUAUAGAGACCAAGAUCGGCGGCAUGACUGGAAAGAUUAGGUUUAAUGAUGGCGCUUUGAUAGAUGUAAUGUAUAAUCGUCUAACUACGAUGAUGAGAGAGGUCUAAUUUAGAUACCUACAGUGCUACCUCGGUACCAGUACUGACAGGACCUUGGACAGUUGACAAAGGCCCCGUCCUAUGAUCUAUCCCACUUACCCCAUACAUCCACUUUUAGCUGGGAAGAAUCAGUGAACCGAGGUACAACCAUUGCGUAUCAGCGACGUCAUCUCCUGUGCUGACGUAGAUCCACUAACCUCUCCAGAGCCACAAGUAGUAUCAACACU